AAGCGUACUGCCGAACGGGUACUCACUGGAAUGCGGACUUAAUAGAAUGUUAAACAUGGAUGAAGAGGAAGCCCUCAAUCUAAUUAUGAAGGACCUGGCAGCACUGGGGAGAUGUGGAGGAUUACUGGACAGUAAUCGUAAUAAGAAUAACAAACAGGACGCCAGGAUCAAGUUUGAAUACAAUGGAGAAAAGAGGAUUAUAGAAUUCCGGAGGCCAGUAAAACUCAAGGAUGUGCUGCAGAAAGUUACAGAUGCCUUUGGGCAAACAAUGGACUUGCACUAUGCAAACAAUGAGCUGCUUCUUCCGCUCAAGUACCAAGAUGACUUGGACAAAGCCAUAGAACACAUGGACAUGAACCCAUCCCACAGAAGCUUGAAGAUAGUAGUUAAAGCACCAAGUAAAAAUAUACACCUACAACCAGUUGGGACAAAGCAACACCACGACAUGAGGAUAUCAAAGUCAAUGGGUGAUAUUCUGGGAUCACUGUAUAAGGAUGCUGGAAAGGGCAGAAAGUGUUCUACAGGAUCUCUACACACUGGACGGAGUUCUCCCCCUCCUGGAAGUGUUCCUGAUGAACAACAGCAAAUUGCACGUCAGAAAUCCAUUACCAGUAUCAACAGUGAGGGAGAAUUCAUUCCUGAGGUGUUGGAUUCCUUCAUUAGCCCAAGUGGCUCUCUCUCCAGUAGCUGUCAUUCACUGGACCAAUCACUGGACAGCCCAGCUUUCUCUACGCCAGUUCCGAGAAGAAAAGGUCAGCUGAAAGACAGCUUCGAAUGUUUAGAUUAUGAAGUUCCCUUGUAUGAGAGGUUUGGUAAAGGAGGCACUUUUCCCCGUCAGUAUCACUUUUCCCAAAGUCGGAAGGAAUACAGUGAUGGUCGCCGGACAUUUCCUAGAAGUUACGUACCCCCAGAAAAUGUCUUCCAGCUGGGUCCCAGCAGCAGAACCAGAAGCGUUAAUGCAGACAGCACUCUGCAGUUUGACGAGCCCAGAAAAACGAGGUGGAGCAGCUCAGAAAAAAACUUACAAUUUUUACAUUCUUCACCUGCCGACCACUGCAAGAAAUCCCCACUGGCCCCUGAGAACUGGAGGCUUGGUAAACUGCUUGGGAGAGGAGCAUUUGGGGAAGUCUUCCUUUGCUAUGAUGUGGACAAGGGCAGAGAACUUGCUGUCAAACAGGUGCCAUUUGACCCAGACAGUCAGGAGACAAGCAAGGAAGUGAACGCUCUAGAGUGUGAGAUCCAGCUGCUGAAGAUUCAUAGACAUGAAAGAAUAGUUCAAUAUUAUGGCUGCUUGCGGGACCCCACUGAGAGGAAGCUCUCCAUCUUUGUAGAGUACAUGCCAGGGGGAUCGAUCAAAGACCAGCUGAAAGCUUAUGGUGCACUCACAGAAAACGUCACCCGGCGGUACACGCGGCAGAUUCUGCAAGGAGUGUCAUACUUACACAGCAAUAUGAUUGUACAUCGAGACAUUAAAGGUGCCAAUAUUUUAAGAGACUCGGCUGGGAAUGUAAAACUUGGUGACUUUGGGGCCAGCAAACGCAUCCAAACCAUCUGUAUGUCUGGGACCGGAAUUAAAUCGGUGACAGGGACCCCGUACUGGAUGAGUCCAGAGGUGAUCAGCGGAGAAGGAUAUGGGAGGAAAGCAGAUGUGUGGAGUGUGGCAUGCACAGUUGUGGAAAUGCUGACAGAAAAACCACCAUGGGCAGAAUAUGAAGCAAUGGCUGCCAUUUUCAAAAUAGCUACCCAGCCAACGAAGCCCAGACUGCCGGACAAUGUUUCAGAUCCCUGUAGAGAUUUCAUGAAAAUAAUAUUUGUGGAAGAGAAAAGGAGGCCCACGGCCGAGGAACUUUUAAGGCAUCCGUUCGUUAGUCAUAGUAUUUAAUUCUCUUUUUCGGUCAGUGUAAACAAAUGAAGGAUUAUGAAAUGCACCAAAAUGGAAUCCACAAAGACGUGUGCCUUCCUGCUGCUUGUGUUCAUCAAGAGUCUUUAGACAUCCCUGGGAUAUAAUGGACACUGCUGGAAGAACACGGACCAUCUGCACACUGCCACUAGUCAUAAAAUGUAUCAAGCAAUACAGUACUGAGGGCGGCCAGAUGUCAGGGGCUG